AUGGGGCUCCUCAGCCAUGUGCGUGAGAUCUACCACGCCUACUCGCCCACCGAGCGCCGCAACAUCGCAAUCUACAUCAUCGGCAUCAUGUUCUACAAGCUGGGGCUCGAGGCCUUCAACGGGUCCAUCGUCACGCUGGCCACCGACCGCUUCGGCAGCGGGUCCACGUACAAGAAGCUCGGGAUCCUGCAGGGUCUCAACCAGGCGUUUCAGUGUGUGGGCUCGAUCCUGAUUGCGCCGUUGAUCAAGCGCUUCCCGACCCGCUCGGUGCUCGCUGCGGCGGUCAUGUUCUUUGGACUGUUGGCAGCGGUGUUGUUGGUUGUGGAUGCGUCGACGGGUGGGAGGAUGAAGAAGAGUGGGGAGAAUAAGGCCCACUAUGGUGACUGGAACCCGAACGCCCUCUUCCCGGUCUACUGUGCCUCCGGUAUAGCCUACGGCAUGGUCGAGCUCAUCCGGCGUGUCAUCCCCCGCGACAUCGUCGGCGGCAACGUCAACAAGCUCCGUCGCAUGGAUGCCACCGUGCACAUCUUCUACGAGGUCGCCGGCACCGGCGGCGCCUUCGCAACCACCUACCUCGUGCUCCGCCUGGGCAACAACUACUCGUUCAUUGUCACGCCCAUCUUCUUCACGUGCGCUUGCAUUGUCUGGAGUUUCAUUUCGGUCCUUGAGUUUAAGGUUGAUAUUGAGCACGAGAAGAGCAACUACUUCAUGCAGGUCUGGCACGGCGCAAAGUAUUUUGGCGAGUCGGUGUACCGUGGUGCGGUCAUUAUCUUCUCUGAGAGGAAGUUUAUGUGGUUGCCGCUUGGCUACUCCGUAGCGCUCUACGGCCACCGCUACCUCGAGUCCGGCAUCGCCCCGCUCGUCGCAAAACAAGUCUUCAAGGUCUCGGCCUACUCGCAGAUCCUCGUCGGCGGGUCCAACUUUGGCGAGCUCCUCGGCGCGCUCGGCGUCUUCUUCCUCAACGACUUUGUGCCCACGCCCAUCCCGUGGCUGCGUGCAGACUCGCUGCUGCUCCUGAUCGUCUGGGCCGUCCCGCACUACUACCCGCCCGCGAAUAACGUCAACUAUGCGUGGACCCUCGCGGCCGUGUUUAUGCCCAUCUCGUUUGGAUGGGCGGCGGGCGAUGUGUCGCUGGCGGCGUAUAUUCAGGCGUGUUUGGCACGCAGGGAGAGUGAGUCGAGGAAUGUGUCUGCGCUUGGUGCGGUCAUGGCCUUCCUCUACUCCACCUACAUCAUCCUCUUCGCCAUCCUCUCCUCCACCCUCGGCCGCUACAUCGACAGCACCAUCAAGUCCAGCGGCGACGCGCACGUAGCCCUCUUCAACAUCGGCGGCGUGCAGUUCACCGUCCUGGCCACCAUCCUCUUCCUCGCAACGCUGAUCCCGCGCGGCGCGCUGCGGCUCAACCCAGACCUGCUGGACGACGAGUCGCUGGACGGCGAGAUACCGCAGGGGAAGAGCCUCGAGGAGGUCGCGGAGGAGCAUAAGUUGGACAUGGUGGGGAGUCGGGAGAUGGAGGGGGGGAUGCCGGCGGAGGCGGUGAUGAGGGGGGGGUAG